CCAGCGUCAUUCUUGUUCUUGCAAGAGUUCCAGCCAGUUCGUUGAAAAUGGUGAAGUCGCGAUCUCGUUCCCGUUCCAAGUCACGGUCUAAGAGUAGGAGCCGCAGCCGAAGUCGAUCUCCAAAGAAGACUUCUCCCAAGAAGGCAGCACCGAAGAAGGUUGUAGCAAAGAAAUCACCGGCCGUAGCAAAGAAAUCACCAGCCCCAGCUACCCCAAAAAUGGCGAAACGAAAAAGCCGGAGCCGUAGCCGCAGUAAAAGCAGAAGCAAGUCUAGGAGCCGAAGCCGAAGUGGAUCGCCAAAGAAAGCAAAGAAGGCCAAGAAGUCACCAAAGAAGAAGGCGUCCAAACCUAGAGCUGCAGCAAAGAAAGCCGCCCAUCCGACGACCCUGAACAUGGUAUGCGCUGCCAUUACAGCUAUGAAGGAUCGUAAAGGAUCUUCAGCCCAAGCCAUCAAGAAAUACAUCCUCGCCAAUUUCAAAGGGGUAAGCGCUACACAAUUACCGUCGUCGAUGAAAGCAGCAUUUGCUAAGGGACUGAAAAGUGGAGCUCUUGUAAGACCCAAGGGUUCUAGUGCCCAUGGCGCCACUGGACGUUUCCGGGUUGGGAAAGUAGCCGCACCAAAGAAGAAGGCAGCCAAAAAAACAAAGAAGAAGGCAGCUAAGAAGCCCAAGAAAGCUAAGAAACCAAAGGCAAAGAAACCCAAGGCAAAGAAGAAGGCAGCAGUUAAGAAAGUAAAGAAAGCAAGAAAGGCCAAGUCACCAAAGAAAGCAAAGGCAGCCAAGAAGCCCAAAGCACGGAAGUCGCCCAAGAAGACCAAAUCCAAGGCAAAGAAAAGGCCCAGCUCCCCAAGAAAGGCAAAGAAAGCAACAAAGGCUAAGUGAGCAGCUGUUCACUAAAUAAA